CACACCCCCCGGUUCUGGUUCUCCAGUCUUGGGUUCUCCCAUCCCUGAUCCUUGCUUGCUCCCGGCGUGAGUUCUCCCAUACCUGGUCCCUGCUCAUCCACGGUUCUCUCUCCAAACCCCACUGGCUUUCUCGCUCCCCAGAACCUAGAGCUUGCCCAAAGUGGUUCCUGGAAAAUAAAUAUUAAUUUUGUGGACCGCAGUGUAAUCUUCUCGGACAAGGCGGCUGCUACGGCAAGGCUUGUAUUUAUUCUGUAAAAGAUGGAGCGAGAGCCGGCAAACGGAGAACCUGCUGAGAUUAAGAUCAUCAAGGAAGCUUACGAGAAGGCCUUUUUGUUUGUUAAUAAAGGGCUGAACACGGAUGAGCUAGGGCAGAAGGAAGAAGCAAAGAACUACUACAAGCAAGGAAUAGGACACCUGCUUAGGGGCAUCAGUGUCGCGGCAGAGCCGGGGUGCACAGGCCCUGCAUUGGAGUCCGCCAGACAGAUGCAGCAGAAGAUGAAAGAGACCCUUCAGAAUGUCCGCACCAGGCUAGAGAUCCUAGAGAAGGGCCUUGCCACGUCUCUACGGAACGACCUUCAGGAUGUGCCCAAGUUAUACCCAGAGUUCCCUCCUAAAGAUUCCUGCAAGAAGUCCCCAGAGCCAGAAUCUGUUAGUUCAGCCCCCCAGCCUGCUGAAGUAGAUGGGAGCGUCUCUGCUGCAGGUGCCACAGGUGCCACAGGUGCCACAGGUGCCACAGGCACCAGGCCAGGUGCUGCACCUUCUGCUGGGCUCUUACCUUCACCCAGCUGUCCCGCUGAAGCACCCCCAGCCUACACCCCCCAGGCUGCGGAGGGUCACUACACUGUUUCCUACGGAACAGACUCCGGGGAGUUCUCGUCAGUGGGAGAAGACUUCUAUAGGAACCAUUCCCAGCCUCCCCCUCUCGAGUCCUUGGGGCUCGAUGCAGACGAGCUGAUUUUGAUACCAAACGGAGUGCAGAUCUUUUUUGUAAACCCUGCAGGAGAGGUUAGUGCUCCGUCAUACCCUGGGUACCUGCGCAUCGUGAGGUUCUUGGAUAAUUCUCUGGAUACUGUUCUGAACCGCCCUCCAGGGUUUCUCCAGGUGUGUGACUGGUUGUACCCUCUAGUUCCUGAUAGGUCGCCAGUUCUGAAGUGCACUGCGGGAGCCUACAUGUUUCCAGACACCAUGUUACAAGCCGCAGGGUGCUUCGUAGGGGUCGUUCUGUCAUCCGAGCUUCCAGAAGAUGACAGGGAGCUGUUUGAGGAUCUGCUAAGGCAGAUGUCUGACCUUCGGCUCCAGGCAAACUGGAAUAGAGCAGAGGGAGAAGAUGAAUUCCAGAUCCCUGGGAGAGCAAGACACCCCUCUGAGCCACGGAAAGAAGCUUCUGGCACCGAUAUCAGGCAGUCGGGUUCUUCAGAUUCUUCAAUAGAUCAAGGCAGCAAGGAUGCACGCCAUAAAGGAAAGCGUGGGAAAAAGACUAAAGAUACUCCAAGUGAAGAAGUUAAUUUGAGUCAGAUUGUGCCCUGUGAGCCAAGUCCACAAGAAAAGUCGAAAGAACUACCUGAAUGGAGCGAGAAAGUGGCCCACAACAUUCUGUCAGGUGCUUCCUGGGUGAGCUGGGGUUUAGUCAAAGGUGCUGAAUUUACUGGCAAAGCCAUCCAGAAAGGAGCUUCUAAACUCCGAGAGCGCAUCCAGCCAGAGGAAAAACCGGUGGAAGUGAGUCCGGCUGUCACCAAGGGCCUCUACAUAGCGAAGCAGGCAACUGGAGGAGCAGCGAAAGUCAGCCAGUUCCUGGUUGAUGGCGUCUGCACAGUAGCAAACUGCGUUGGCAAAGAGCUCGCUCCGCAUGUCAAGAAGCAUGGAAGCAAACUCGUUCCAGAAUCUCUUAAGAGAGACAAAGAUGGAAAGUCCACUCUGGAUGGUGCCAUGGUUGUGGCAGCAAGUAGUGUUCAAGGAUUUUCAACUGUGUGGCAGGGCUUGGAGUGUGCAGCUAAAUGCAUUGUCAGCAAUGUGUCUGCAGAAACCGUACAAACCGUCAGAUACAAGUAUGGGCACAAUGCAGGAGAGGCUACACACAACGCAGUGGACUCCGCCAUCAACGUUGGCCUCACCGCCUACAAUAUUGACAACAUCGGCAUCAAAGCCAUGGUGAAGAGAACGGCAAAGCAGACGGGGCACAGACUCCUUGAGGACUACCAGAUCAUUCACAGCUCUCAGAAGGAGAGCCAAGGAGGGGCAAGCGCAGAUGUGGGAGGAAACACAGAAAAGCAGGCGGAGGAAGAGGAGAAAGGAGCAAAGAAGAAAGAUAAAUAACGAGUUCUGGAGUGACCUACACCAAAGCCUUACCAGACGGAGUGUGUGCGACAGCAGAUGUGGAUUCUUCACACAAGGAGCAGUGUUUUCUUUGUGUUCAUUCCUACAAAAUGACUGUCAGAAGCUUGGGGCAUGUAUCCACUCACAAGAAAAAUAAUCAGUAUUCUUACAUCUGGCCUCUAGAAAUAUGCAGUUUAUAGUCUCAGUGAGUUUAUUUUCCCUUAAAUGUGGCUCAAAUAUUUUUGCAGUUAAAAUAAAGCUUAUAAUAUAUGUGACUUAAACCUAAUGUCAAUCUAUUUUUAUAUGUGCUAGCCUUCAGAAAGCAAAGUAGGAAGCGAUACAAACGGCGUUCACAGCCACAUGAGUUCUCCUUAUGCUGGGAUGAGUGACCUAACGUCGGAGCCUCCUUUCUGCACUAAUUGUGCUGCACUAAUUGUGAUCCUGGGGAGACCCAACAGAAUUUUGAGCAUAUAAGCUAAAUAAAACCAUGAUCUUGAAGCGUGUUCUCAGAUCACAUCUUAGAAGUCUUUCUUACACAGGAAGGAGGUUGACCGUGAAGUGCCAUGCAGUUCUGCAAUGUUAUCUUUUCUGCUAGACCUCUCUGCUAGGAACCAAAAUGACCUUUUGAUUUAACCCGAAGAAAAGGUUUCUUCACGUCUUUAGGAUUGAAAAUAUGCAAUUUUUUGAGAGAAUGAUUUUUAUUAAUUCUUUGAGGAUUUUGUACUUGGAUGAAAUUGUUUUGAUUAUAUUCUCCCCUAGCUCCUCCUAGGCUCACCCUCACCCCUCCUCCCAACUUCACGCUCUUAUGUUUUAAAUAACCAGAGUAGUCUGGUCUGUGCUGCCCAUUUGCUCAUGGGGGUGGGGUAACGCACCGAGCAUCUGCCAGGGACUACACCCCUAAAGAAAACCGACUCUCCCUCCCCAGAAGCCAUUAACUGUCAAUAGAUCCUCAACUAGGGCUGGGGGUUUGUGAGACCCUGCCCGUUCCAUACUGGGGUGUUAGGUGGUUUAUGGCGUGGAGGCAGCCCCAGCUGCUGGGAGUCCUGCCGUAUCCAGAUGUCGGUUCAGCCAGUCUUUACAGUGUUUGCACCCCCUCUUCCCCCAUGUUCCUGAGCCUUGGGAGGGGUGUGGUAUUUUGAAGUAUGAUAAUAUUCUAUUAAAUUUUGAAGCCGUUGUUAAUGGCUUUAAGAAAUCACGUUUCCAUAUCUGCUUCUGUAAAUUUUUCCUAAAUUUGCAGAAAGUAAAACAUAAACAUUUCACUUACUGAUAGUAAUAUAUUUCACUCAGUCAUUAGAGUUUAUACUAAAAGCCAGUAAGUGAUUUUAAAGGGAGGAACCUAUUCCUAUCAAGGUAAAGAAUAUGGGAUCCUUUGGUGGGUAAUUCCCACUUCAGUGGAAGGCAGGAUAGACAUUUGAUGAUAUUCUUUAAGCUACAAAUAUAUAAUUAAAUAUUCCAUGAUUAUUUUAUUAUUUUGUUGACUUUUGAAGGUUGAUAUUGGUUUAUAUAGUUAUGUCUAUUAUAAUCAUUUCUGAACCUGUAGUUGACUACCUUUAGAUUUCAUUAAUUGGUUAAUGAAUGUGCUUUGAGAAUAAAAUGAUUUCUGAAUU